UAAUUUAAUCGCGCUUGGAAGAGAAAGGAGGACAAUAACAAAAAAGAAAAAGGAGCUUCCUUUUUUUCCCCUUUCCUCCUCCUCCUCCUCCCUCCUCCUCCUCACCGUUUUCUUUGCGUCCUUUUUCCUCUCCUUCGUCCUCCCGAUCUCUGCGAUUCUUCCCUGGACCCGUCCCGCGGACGCAGUUUUGGUUCUGGAUCGACGUCGUCGAUCUCCUGCGACCGAGCAAUUUGGCGGCGAAGGACCGGCGUGUUCGACUUUGUGGGGGACGGGGAAGGAAGCGGAUUUGGUGGAGAAAAUUAGAUUUUUUUUUUUUUUUAUCUUUAGGUCAUCUGCCGGGAUCUCUGAACGCGUUCCGGUGGUAGCUCUUUCCUCAUUUUGGAGAGCGUUUUUGUUCGAUUUUGUGGUCUGCGGGAGAAUGCCAGCGCGUGGUUCGGGUUGAGGGCGGGGUGGAGUGUGCGUCCGCGUUGAUGAGGAUUGACUCCGGGGAGGAAAGAAAGGUCAACGCUUCGCCAUGUUCUUCGCCAAACUUGACGAUUCUCCUAUGUUCCGGGAGCAGAUUCAGUCACUCGAAGAAAGUGCUGAGUCAUUGAGAGACAGGUGUCUAAAGUUUUACAAAGGCUGUCACAAAUACACUGAAGGACUUGGAGAAGGAUACGAUGGUGAUAUAGCUUUUGCAAGUUCUCUUGAAAUGUUUGGAGGAGGCCAUAAUGACCCCAUUAGUGUUGCUUUUGGAGGGCCUGUCAUGACCAAGUUUACUAUUGCUCUGAGAGAAAUAGGCACCUACAAGGAAGUAUUACGUUCCCAGAUUGAACAUAUAUUAAAUGACAGAUUGCUGCAAUUUGUUGAAAUUGAUUCACAUUCAGUCAAGGAUGCUCGCAAGCUCUUUGACAAAGCUACCCUCCAGUAUGAUCAGGCCCGUGAGAAGUAUCUGUCAUUGAAGAAAGGCACAAAAGCCGACAUAGUGACUGUCUUAGAGGAUGAGCUCCAUAAUGCAAGGUCUUCAUUUGAGAAGGCUCGUUUUAAUCUGGUUACUGCUCUUUUUACAAUUGAGUCCAAAAAGAAAUUUGAGUUUUUGGAAGCUGUUAGUGGAACAAUGGAGGCUCAUCUUCGCUAUUUCAAACAAGGAUAUGAGUUGUUACGGCAGAUGGAGCCAUACAUCCAUCAGGUUCUGGCUUAUGCACAACAAUCAAGGGAACGGUCUAACUAUGAGCAUGCAGCUCUCAUAGAAAGGAUGCAAGAAUUCAAGAGACAGAUUGACCAAGAAAGUCAGUGGUCUCCAAAUGGGUUAAUGGACUCGUCUAAUGUUGAUGGUAUGCAGGCCAUUGCUAGAAGUUCUCACAAAAUGAUAGAGGCGGUGAUGCAAUCAGCUGCUGAGGGAAAGGUUCAAACAAUUCGCCAAGGAUAUCUAUCAAAACGGUCAUCGAACCUGAGAGGUGAUUGGAAAAGAAGGUUCUUUGUACUUGAUAGUCAAGGAAUGCUGUAUUAUUACCGGAAAGAGUGGAGUAGAGCCUCUGGAGGUAAUAAUUCCAUUCAAAGGGAUCAGUCUGAACAUGGUCCUGGAUUGCUAAGCCGUUGGUUCUCUUCUCAUUAUCAUAGCAUACAUGAUGAGAAGUCUGUUCCGCGUCAUACUGUGAAUUUGCUGACAUCAACUAUAAAGAUUGAUGCUGACCAGUCAGACUUGCGGUUUUGUUUCAGAAUUAUUUCUCCAACAAAGAAUUACACUUUGCAGGCAGAGAGUGCAAAGGAUCAAAUGGAUUGGAUUGAAAAAAUUACAGGCGUUAUUGCUUCUCUGCUUAAUUCACAGUCACCUGAACAGCACCUCGCUCAGCCUACAAAUAUUGGCUAUCAUCAUUCAUCUAGUAGGAGCAGCUCAUUUGGUAAUCUUGAUGAUGCUGUAAAUGAAGAAUUAACAAUGGAGAAAAACUCAGCUAGCAGGAACUUUGGAUUUCAUGGUAGAAGCUCACAGAAUCACAGGUUCAACUCAAAGCAAGAGAGGACAAUUGAUGUUCUAAGAAAAGUACAUGGAAAUAAUGUUUGUGCUGAAUGUGGUGCCCCUGAUCCUGACUGGGCAUCCUUGAAUCUUGGAGUGCUUCUCUGCAUUGAGUGCUCUGGGGUUCAUCGCAAUCUUGGUGUGCACAUCUCUAAGGUGAGAUCUUUGACCCUUGAUGUGAGAGCAUGGGAUCCUUCAGUUAUCAACCUGUUUCAAUCGUUGGGCAACACAUUUGCAAACUCCAUCUGGGAGGAAUUGUUGCCAUCAUCAAGGAAUGGAACAUGUGAGAAUGAUACUAGUUCCCUUGAUAUUGACAAGAACCAAGAGCACAUACCUAUUAGCAAGCCCAGGCACCUUGAUCCUAUUUCAGUGAAAGAGAAGUUCAUUCAUUUAAAGUAUGCAGACAAGUGUUUUGUUAGUAGACCAGAGGCAAAUCAGCUUCUAGUAGCACAACAGAUGUGGGAGAGUGUCAAUGCAAAUGACAAGAAAGCAGUGUACCGCCUCAUCGUAACUUUCAAUGUUGAUGUCAACAUUACAUAUGAGCAAGCUUCUUUGAAUUCAAGUUAUUCUCAGCAAAAGCCUUCCACCACAAGUUUUUCUAGUUCAACAAGCACAAACGACGACAGAAACGAGUUGGAUGACUGUUUCCAAGGUUUCUCCCUACUUCACCUGGCUUGUUGGACAGCAGAUAUUGGAAUGAUAGAGCUCCUCAUACAAUAUGGUGCAAACUCAAAUUCUACCGACUCGAGAAGAAGGACGCCUCUUCAUCAUUGCAUUCUCAAGGGCAGGCAUUUGUUUGCUAAACUACUGCUUUCCAGGGGAGCAGAUCCACACGCGACUGACGACGAUGAUAAGACCCCCCUACAAUAUGCAAUAGAAAGCGGCGACAUUGACUAUGAAGAUCUUCUGGCCCUCUUGGAUAGAUAGUUCAAUGGAAAGUUGGCAGACUUGCAGCUAGAAAAAGGAUUUCCCAACAGCAGGUGAAUUACUAUCACUUGAAGCAAUGCUCCGGCCUUGGAAAUCUGGACAAUGACUUGAAUGUAUACGGCGAACAUAUCGGCUACUGGCUUGGCCCUCAAUUGUAUGCAGAGUUUUGAGUUUUGCGAAUUUCAUUCUUCUAAUUGUAUCGAACUACCUGGCCUCUUCUUCAAGAUUAUCACGAAGUUUGUACAUAUUGUUAUGAUGGAUUAGUACUAGUGUGAAGGUGUUGUAAUAUCAAUGCAAAGUCUAUGUCGAUUUCGUUUA